AUGGGGUAUUGGAUCACGCACCCGAACCCGGAGUACAAGAAGCUGAUGGAGGCGGUCGAGAAGUUCAUCGUGGAGCCGGGCGAGGAGGACGUGAUGAUCCACGAGGUCUUCACAGACACCAUGUUCGGCAGAUUAAAGGAGCGGAUGCAGGGUGUCGGCUUGCAGGUGGACCUCGUGGAAAAGCUUUGGGCAUCCUAUCGCACCCGGCGUGUGGUCUCCGGCUUCUUGCGGGAUGCGGUGAUCGGGAAGAAGCGACUGGCCAGCAUGCCGGACCGCGUAACCAACACCAUCCAGCUGGUGGACGGCCGCGUUUACAGGCCCUCAGUGAUCAACUGCUACGCGGGCGACCUGGGCACGCUAGAGGUGUGGUUCAGCAAGUGGCUCAGCUUCUUCUUCGACACGGACGUGCAGUUGGACGGCUCGGGCUCAAAGAAAGUCUACAGCCUCCUGCAGAAAAUCCGCAAGGCCAAGUAUCCCGCCAUCAGCGAGGAGGAAGAAGUGGCCAGCAUCCCGCUGCAGCUGGUGAUGCAGGGCGUUUUCGAUGCCAUCCUCGUGCGUCUGAUGCUCAACAAGGCGAGCGGAUGGGAAACUCUCCGCCGUGAGAUCUGCGAGUCCCUCAACAGCAGAAAGAAUGCGCUUAUCAACAGCAUCCUGCGGCAGACCUACAAGGAUGCCGACGUGCUCUUCCUGCAAGAGGCGGGCAGCGAGCUCCUGACGCUUCUGCGAGAGGAAUACCAGGACUUCCACCUGGUGGUGCCGAGGAGUUACAGCAGCGAGCGCGCGCAGAACUCCAUCAUGCUGUGA